AGUUCGUAAAGACGAUGAAAGGUCAAGGCCGUUCCGACUGGAAGUGUUCGAUUUUUGUGAUUCAUUAAAUUAGUCGCUGCAUUUGAUGCAGCAGGUAUGAGCAGGCCUGGCCUUAGAAGUGGGAGUGCUGCCAACUGUACCAACAGGGCGACUGUGAAUCGAGAAAUGGCACGGAAUGAAACUGACGAAGGUGGACGGCAUGAGAUGGAAGAUCAAGACGAUGAAGACAAAUGUGAAAUCAAACCAAACCAACAACAAGCCAGUACAAAAUUUCAGAACAUUCAAUAUGAUUCCCAAUUAACAGAAAAUGGUGAUCCUACCAUAGAGUGUUCUGUUUGUUUACAACCUAGUAUUUAUCCUGUGCAGUUACCAUGUCGACACAUAUUUUGUUUUCUAUGUGUUAAAGGUGUGGCUAACAGAAGUAAAAAAUGUGCAUUAUGUAGACAGGAAAUCCCUGCAGAUUUUUUUGCCAAACCUGUUUUAGUUCGAACUGAAGAUUUAGAUAAGACAAUAAAAUUUGAUGAUGAAUAUCAGUGGUUUUAUGAAGGUCGCAAUGGAUGGUGGAAAUACGAUGAUAGAACCAGCCAGGAAAUAGAAAGUCGUCACAAAACAGGAGAAAAACUAUUUGAAUUGUUGAUAGCAGGAUUUUUGUAUAUCAUUGAUUUAGAAAACAUGAUUCAGUAUAGGAGAAAUGACAGAUCGAGGAAGAGGAGAAUGAAAAGAGAUUUAAUUAGUAUACCGGAUGUUAAAGGUGUAGCAGGACUCAAAUUUGACAGUGAAAUCUCCAGUCGUCUAGGUGGGGAUGGAGGUGAAGAGAUACAAUCAAAUACACAACCCACAACAACGUUAACUAGUCCUGAUACUGAUGAUCUAACUGUCCCUAACAAUACCCCACAGACUCCAAAUACCCCUGUGGAUAGUCCCCCUAGUAGUGUUACAUCAUCGCAACAGGAUCUCGCAGAACAUUUACAGCAGUUAAAUAUUUCUGGAUCAAGUACAACUUCUCUGUAAGUGUAAAGUUUCCUUCAUCACAGAAUAACAGCAUUAAUUAUGUGUUUAUGUCAGAUGCUUUAUAUUUUGUACAUUGGUGUGUUACUAUUUUCCAGAAUUUUAUUUUACUAUGACUAUAAUUUGUUGAAAUUACAUUGUAUAUUUUAUACAAGACAUGUAUGUGUUUUGAUUUUUAAAAAUGACCAAACCUUGAAACUGAUAAGUUUAUGAUAUGUUCAUUGACUUUUACAGCAAGGGGAUAUGUAACAGAGUGUCAUCUUAAAGACUCAGUUAUAAUCGUGUAGCUUUUCACCUAGUAACUUAAUUAUAAGGUCAAAUUCUUAAUAGCUCUUAUUUUUUAUUUUUGCAGAAAGCAAUUAAAAUGUUCUACUUGCAUAUUUUCCCAAAUGAAAAGACAUAGUAAUUUUUUUUCAUAAAAUGCCUAAGAAACAGAGGUUGAGUCUUCAAUUAGUAUAUGAACUGUAAAGUUCAAGGAAAUAAAGAAUUUGAUAUGUAAUACAUGUGUAUUGUACUUCUUAUAUUAAAGCUGUGUAAGCACAAACAUUUGCAGUACAUGUAAUUCUUGAUACAUAUGUAGUUGUAAACUUUCAUCCUCAAUGUCAUUGACAUUUAAUUGAAUUUUCUAACAAACAUAAUUUUUAUGUACAUGUAUGUGUACAUUUUGAUGAAAUAUUUUUUAGAACAUACAAAACAUAAACAUUAUGAAAGUAAAAAUAAAGAUGUAUAAUCACUGUUUAUUUGAAAACAUUUGAACAUGUGAUUAUCUAUAGUUUAUCAAACUUAGUAUUACAGAUAUUUAAAAUUAGCUCAAAAAGGCUGAUAAAUUUAUAAAUUUAAAGUGAAUAGUGCUAAUAUUGUUAAAACAUUUUUUUUUUUGUUACUUGUUAUUUUUUUCAGUGAAAUCAUUUUUGCUGGCUUCACCAAGAAGUGUUUUAUAAAUGAUUGUCAUAAAUUUAUUGAUGUUUCCAAAUGAAUUUUGAUCACAUUUUGUUUUUUCCUUGGAAAUUGCCUAAUGCGCUUGAUUGUCGUGAUGAUUAGAAAAUCUUGUUCAUAAUAUAAUUUGGAAUGAAAAACUGUCUGAAAUUGCCUUUGUAGUUCGCCAUUUCAAAAACAAAAGUUCUAUUUAUAAUUUUAUUGUUGGUCAGUCAUUGGUAAUUGGGUUGAAUUUCUGUUUUUGAAGACAUUUUUACCAAUCAUAACGUGUUGGUUCACUCUUGGAAAAUAGUACUAAGAAUGCUAUAGAUUCGUAAAGGGGAGUUGGGUAUAUAACCCCAGAGGUCAUUAGAACUUGAACACUGAUAGAGUUUUAUUUAACUUUAUACAACUAUAUUUAAAUAGAUAUUUCAUAGAAAUACUUAACAUGUUUGAAACUGUAGAUUUAUGUAAUAGAAUCUCAUAUGAUUAAAAAAAAAUAUUAGAGUGAAGGAAAAACAAUGAUAUUAUUUAUAAUGUAUAUGUGUGUACAUGUAAACUGUGAUAGUUUUUGGUUAAUUACAGCAUCUUCUAUAUUGUGCCAUAUAAGCUGGUUUUAAUGAUGAGUUUAGAAUUGAAAAUGUAUGAAUAUUUUGUGCUGUGCAAACUUCUCAAACAUUUUGUCAGUGUAAUGCCUUAUAAAUUUUUGACCCACAUGUUAGGAAGGUAGAAUAGAAAAAAGGGCAUUAGCCCUUAAAUUCCAGAAAAUAUUCCUGGCAAAUAACAGGCAUACAUGUAUCAUUAUAUGAUUCUCCCAUCAUCAGGGUCUUGCAAUAGCAUAUAAUGCUUUUUCAAAUCAAAAUUUAAAAAAAUGAUAAAAUUAUAUGAAAUUCAUGGAGGUAUUUGGCAUAAUGUUAUGCUAUGGUGAUAUCUAGUUAUCUGUAUGUACAAGUGUUGUAGUAUAUUAAAUAUGUUUUUAUUUACUAAAGUUGAAAAUUCUAAUAAAAAUAUUUAUUCCCUC